GCCACAUCCUUUGUUGUACCAAAAGGCUGUCACAGUUAAGAAGCUCACAUAUUUCCUGUAUCUCAACAUCUCACGCAUCAGAAACGUUUAGAGAUCUGCUACAACCAUGGUGAGCUUCUGUCCUGUAUGUGGGAAGCCUGUUUAUUUUGGUGAGAAGAAGAGGUCAUUGGGACGGGAUUAUCACCCGUUGUGCUUGAAGUGUCACAAGUGUAAAAGACAGCUAACGGCUGGCCAGCAUGCAGAGCACGAUGAGAAGCCAUACUGCACUAACUGCUACAUGAGAGACUUUGGACCCAGAGGUAGCCGAAAUCCUGUUGCUCGGACCUUCAACACAGCAGCUUCUUAAGAGGGGUCGUGCAGUCUUAAGAAACACAGAAUCUGGAUCUACAAACAACAACAAACCUACAGUAUCUGCUUUACACUGCUACACACAGCAAGCCACUGUUAAAUACUGCCAAAAUGAUCUAUCCUUACCACAGAAUAAAACACAACUCCGUAAAUGACCAGAACCUGCCAAAUCAACAGCCAUCCACGUUGGCGCUACUUCAUGUGUUUAAAUCUUUUGCCUUGAUUU